GUUACGUUCGGGUGUCAGCUGGCCCGGGAGGAGGCCGGGCCGUGCUACUCCGCCGUGUCAAACCUUCACCCGUUCACGAGCGCGUCAGUCAAAGAUGGCGACCCGAAUCCUUCAGAGAGUGGGCAAAGGCCUUCACAAGACAAAUACCGUUCUUCACAUCAAUGGAGCGGUGACAAUUACGCGGUCCCUCUCAGGAUUCAAAUCUCUUUUCAUUAGAAAGGUUGACCCCAGAAAAGAUGCUCACUCUAAUGUGCUAUCAAAGAAGGAGGAGCAAAAUUUGUACAAAAUCCAGUUUCACAAUGUAAAGCCAGAGUGCCUUGAUGCCUACAAUGAACUUUGUGAGGCUGUGUUGCCCUCUAUUCACGCUAACCCGGAAUAUCCUUCUGAACUGGUGGGCACAUGGAACACAUGGUAUGGGGAGCAGGACCAGGCAGUUCACCUUUGGAGAUAUCGGGGAGGAUACCCGGCUCUCACCGAAGUCAUGAACAAACUCAAACAGAAUAAGGAGUUUAUGGAGUACAGAAAGGAGAGAGGGAAGAUGCUUCUGUCUCGUAGGAAUCAGCUGCUCCUGGAGUUCAGCUUCUGGAACGAACCUGUCCCCCGUCCAGGACCCAACAUCUAUGAACUCAGAUCCUACCAGCUCAGGCCAGGAACCAUGAUCGAGUGGGGAAACUACUGGGCUCGUGCAAUUGAGAUUCGUCAGAAGAAUCAAGAAGCUGUUGGAGGCUUUUUCUCACAGAUUGGAAGUCUUUACACCGUUCAUCACUUGUGGGCUUACAAAGACCUUCAGUCUAGAGACGAGACCAGAAAUGCAGCCUGGCAGCAAGAAGGUUGGGACGAGGUUGUUUAUUACACCGUCCCUCUUAUUCAGCACAUGGAGUCCAGGAUAAUGAUCCCCAUGAAGUCUUCACCGUUGAAGUAACCUCUAACAUCUGGACAAACAGCAGCCAUUUCUACAACUCCACACAUCUGUAGCCGCCAGAGUAUGCACGACCUGGAAUAAUGGAUCACUCCAUUUUUGUUUUUUCCCCCCUUUUCUGUGUGGACAUAUGUAUUUUUUUUUCAAUUAGGUCACAAAGGAUAUCUCCAAAACUAUUCGUGUUACAUUAUUAACAGGUUACUGAUCUGUAAAUGUUAAAUAACAGUGACUGCUAUUUUAAAUUGGGAAAACAAAUCAUUGUCUCCUUUUUGUUAAAGUAACUAGCUCAGGUAUAUCACCACAAAAACACUUCACGGAAAAGCCAGUAUUAAUUAUUACUGUCAAAUGAAUUUUUUUAACUGUUACAGAUCUUGGUUAUCUUCUUAUGUCCAGUUAAAAAACCAAUGUUUCUAAGGCUUCCGUCCAAUUCUGACUAAAUGGUUAUAUGUCUGAAAAAACAAUUUGGAUGUCUAAAUUUGUGACAAAAAUAUAAAGGUCUUUGUCAUUUAAACUACAUUCGUGUCCCAUGUGUCAAAGGCAGACUAAAUGGUUUUUACUGCAAUUAAAAACACGAAGAUUCUCCUUAUCUGCCUUUGUUAGUUCUUCAUUUUUUUUUUAAUUCUUCCAAAUGAGACUUCUAGCUCCUUCUGAUUUGAAAGACAGGAGAUAGUUAGAAAAUAUGAUAAUUAGAAAAUAGGUUUGAAUAAACUUAAACUACUGCUGUUCAUCUUAAUCUGAAAUCAGGAAAUCUACAUCAGGUUGGUGACUGUGUGCUCUAAUAUUGGAGGUGAUUUUUUUUGGUCUUUUUUUUUUUACUGCCAGACUAGAAAUAUACAUAGUUGAUUUAUAAAACAAGCCAAAAAUUCAGUUACUUCAUUUUUACAAACAAGUAAGGUUCUUAAAACUCUGCUGUUGAUAAAUUAGAAGACAAAUAAGUUACGUUUGUGUGGUUAAUGUUCAAUGCAGUGCUUAAGUACUUGUACAUAUUUAAUUAAAUUUGUGAUUAAUGAAAAAA